AUCACGCUCUGCUUUUCACACCCACACCUUUUUUAUUCUUCCAACAGUCUGGUACCGUGAUGGAUCACAACAAUCGCGGGAGACACAGAUACAAUCCUUAUGAUGGAAGAGGCGGACGUCAUCAUCGCAAUAACCAGAAUCGUGGGUUCGAUGAUGGUCGAGGACCUAGAUCCAAUCAUAACGCCCCAGGUCGCAAUCCUCCGCAAAAUAAUUCCUUCCCUAGUGAUAAUAAUUCAUCGUUUGAUGCUUCUUCCAUUGGAGAUUGGAUGAGCGAUAACUAUUAUGAUGAGCCACCACCGAGAGGAUAUGAUCCGUCUGAUGAUACUUGGGGUCAAGAUCAGUUACAGGGUAAAGAUCUGCAUCAUGACGUUCACGAUAAGCCUCCACAUCAUGCUGGCGGUGCUGUCGAUGCCCGUGUUGCUCUUGAACGACCUUGUCGAACUUUAUUUAUUCGCAAUAUUCAGUAUAAUAUGACGGAAGACAACCUUAGGGCAAAGUUUGAGCAGUAUGGCGAGAUCAAAACCUUCUUCAGUUUGAUUGAAAAAAGAGGAAUGCUUUUUGUGACAUACUUUGAUAUCAGAGCUGCAGAGCAGGCAAAGCUCGCCAUGCAAAAUACCGAUUUGAACGGGCGUAAGAUUGAUGUUCACUACUCCCUACCCAAGGAAGAAGAGCGAAAAGCGAAGUGCGAUGCGGAUAAAAACCAGGGAACCUUACUAUUCACACUGGUUGGCACCAAUCAUCACAUUGAUAACAGCGAAUUAACGCAAUACUUGACAAGAUAUGGGGAUGUGAAAUCCGUGCGACCAUCACCGCUUCAUGGAAGGUAUAAUAACGGUACCGUCGAUCCAGUCAAAAGUCAGCGUUUCGUAGAGUUUUUUGAUUCUAGAGCGUGCAUAGAUUGUCACGAUUAUCUCAACGGACAGGAAUACCAAGGUGGUACGGUUGAACUACAAUUCUUGUGGGAUGCGCCGGUCAAGGAUCGAAAGGAAUCCAUACCUAAACGAGAAUUUCCAGAGGCGCGAGGACGACGUGAAACAGGAGGCUAUGGUAGACAAGGUCCUGGACCGAGCGAACAGAGAGGAGGUGGCCGACAGAACUAUGGGCAUGACAGGCCCUAUGGGCGAGAUGACCAUUAUGGAUCCAACCGCCGAGAUGAUAUGGGUGGAUAUGAUCGAAAUAAUGAUCGAAGGCAAGGUGGCCGACCUCCAAACAAUAUGCGACCCAUUCCCUCUGGACCAAGAGACUACAACACUAAUUAUGGGCGACCGCCACCUCCUUCCCAACCAUAUUCCCAACAAAUGUACAAUCCAGAAGCGCCUCUCACAGGUCCUUACAAUGGAAAUCAGAUGCGACCACCUAUGCCUGGUCCGCCAUCAAACGUUUCUGCUGGAGGAAAUUAUGCUGGUCGGCCACAAGCACCUGCCAAUGCUGCACCUAUGAGUCCAGAAUCAAAUCGGUUGGAGCAAGCGCAAAAGGCUCAACAGCUUUUGUCAAUGAUUGCGUCGGCGCAAGGUCAUCAGCAGCCAUCUCCACAGCAGCAACCUGUUGCACCGGUAUACCAGCCUCAGCCUAGUGCUUCUUUGGCAGGACAGGCGCAACCUGCGCAAGUACAACAGCUACUGAGCAUGCUGGUAAGACUAUUAUGUUCGUAGGAUAAAGGCAAGGAG